GACGGACCGCAAACGUGAGCGGAGACAGAAGAAGAUGGAGAAGAGGAGGAGACUUCAGGAGAAGGAGAAGAAACACAGGCUGGUGGAGAAACUCAACCCAGGACUGGGCAACAAGUAUGCCAAGAAACGUGCCAUGGAGGAGUUAGAGAAGCAGAGCAGACGGGGAGGAAAGACCAAGAUUAUCAAGGAUGAAGGCAAGUCACAACCCCUGAAGUCUUCCAAGGCCUUCUUCACACAGCUGCAGGAAGAAGUCUCAGAAGAAGUCAAGAAAGCGAGGGGCUCCAAGAACAAGAAGAAGAAGAAAGACACAUCAGCAUCCAAACUCAAGUUAUAGAAAAAGGCUACAUUUUAUUGUGGCAAACAAGGAGACAUUGAAAGCUUGAAGAUUUUUUUCACAUAUACAAAUGUGUUUGUAACAAUGAUGAAAACAUCCAUGAAUAAUUUCAUCAAGAACCAACAUUUUGAUGACUGUAUGCCAUCUUCACCAGGACAAUAAAUGAAGGCAUUUGCCAGUCAUAACUGCCCUGAUGAAGAUGACAGACGGUUAUUGAAACAUCAGCUCUUGUUGAUGAAGUGGUUGUGAAUAAAGAACUUUGCUGUUCAGGAAUGAAAACAGUUAUUUGUCAAUAUCUUUUACUUGAAUGUCAUCUUUAUCAUUCUAUUUAUGAUAUGGAAAAUAGUACAGAAGCUGUAAGAAUGCAUAUUUAUCACUGAAAUUAAUAAACUAGAUUCAUUUCUUAAAAAUCCGACAGAUCUAUCCUUAUGCUGACAUUGUAUAAAACAUUCCCCAUGUAUUGCACAUUCUUGUAAGAAAACAUUGAGAUUAACACAUCUUUGUUUAUUUCUAUUGCUAGCAUACAAUUUGUAAUAAGAUGAUUACAGAAUUGCAUCAUUGCAUUGUA